CCUAGAUUCGCACGCUCUUCACCCCCUCGCCCUGCUCACUGCCCGCUCCAGCCUGAGAGGCUCGGGCCUUCAGAGCCCUCAGCCACGCCUUCAGCAGUACCCCCUUCUCCGCUGCAGAACAAGUCCCGCUUCCUCCCGCAAAGGUGGCGAACGUGGAGGGAGCUGGUCCCCAGGGAGGAGGAGACGGUGAGCCCCGGGGAGGAGACGGUGGAGGCCCUGCUGUGCCUGGUGCACAGCCCGCACUCCCCCUGGGCGCUGCUGGAGGCCUCCAGCCCCGAAGACCGCUACCUGAGAGAGCUGGCCAUCCGGAGCCCCCUGGUGCUCAGAGACACCUUCUUCUACUCCUACUUCCGGUGCCUGCGGGUGGUGAACAAGGAGGUGAGCCUGGUGGACAAAGGCCUCCUGAAGUUUCUGAAGCUCGAGGAGUUGGUACUGAGCGCCAACCGAAUCAAGGAGGUGGAUGCCGUCAACCUGCCCCCGACUCUCAAGGUGCUGGAGCUCUAUGGCAACAGGAUCACCAGCGUGGAGUGCCUGUGCCUGCACCCGCCCCCACUCCUCCAGCACUUGGGGUUGGGCCACAACAAGCUGCCGGGCUCCCUGGAGAGCCUCUAUGUCACCGCCAACUACUGGCCCAACCUGGUCUCUCUGGACCUGGGCUUCAACGACCUGACAGACCUGCAGGGCAUGGUGGCCAGCCUGUGCACGCUGCAGCGCCUGCGGCUGGGCAACCCGCUGGCCCUCGUGCCCUACUACCGCGGCUUCACCAUCGACAGCCUGGCCCGGCUCUGCGUGCUGGACGACCUCACCGUGUCUCCCAGCGAGAAGCACCAGUUCCGGGGCCUCAGCCUCAGCGGUGACCUCCUGGCCCGCGAGGCGCAGCUCGUGGUGACUAUCGGCAACAUCAAAGGGGUCUUGGACUCCUCUGUGCUGGACCCGGAGCCCGGGCCCGAAGGCCCUUUCGUCACGUACAGCUAUUACGUGACCUACGACUUCGUGGAGGACGAAGAGGGCGAGGGGAAGGAGUACGCCGGCGUGUUGGCCCAGAUCGUCAAGCCCUCUCCCAGCACGGAAAUACUAGGCGAGGAGUUUUAUGAAGCAGUCGCCGAAGACGAAGAGGCCGAAGGGUCCGUAGAGUCUGGGGUGACUGAGUCCAUGGCCGAGUCGGAGCUGUCCCUCAUCUCGGGCCGGUCGGCCACCCUGCCCAGGUCGAUAGACUCCAUGGAGGAGCUGGCGAAGCUGCGGCCACGGAUCGGCCCCCAGCUCUUCUUGUCCCCGGGGACGGUCCUCUUCAGCACCACCCGCAGCCCCUGGGCCGAGGUCAUUCCCUGCGACUACGAGAUGCACCACACAGUCAAGGACCUGGUGCCGCUCAAGGCCUUCCUGCUGGCGGGGACCACGGUCACCGUCGUGGAGGAGAAGGUCGUGUCUUGGCCUGCGGUGGCUCCUGCAGUUGACAACUUGCCGGCCAAGAGAGGAGCCAGGGCGAAAGACAAGAAGGGGGCGAAGGGCAAGGAAGAGAAAGAGCAGAGGGGAAACUACGGGAAAGAGCCCGGGAAGGAGCCCAAGACACCCAAGAAGAAGAAAGAGUUCCCCAAGGAGCUGCGCCAGGACCCGCCCAUCCUGAAGGUGCUGGGGAGCAGCCUGGUGGUCCUGGAGCCCCUGCUAGCCGGGGAGCACGUGGUGUCCAUGGAGUGCAACUUCGGGGUGAUCCGCACCCUGGAGUCCGACAGGCUGACGUUUACCCGGGAUUUGAAGAAGAUGAAGAAAGGAAACAAAAAAGAAAAGACGAAGCCCGCGCGUCUGCUGUCCGAAAGCGACUACCGGCCCGAGCCGCUGACGGUGGAGGUGCAGGUGGAGCUGAACCAGUGCCGCUCGUGUCCCCGCAUGUCCUGCUCGCCACUGUGUCGCUAG